CCAUCUUCGCUUCUCUUCUCCACAUUUCUGCGCUAUCCCGGCGUACGGCUGCGAUCCAUACACGCCCAAUCCAAACCCUACCUAAAACUCCGCCUCGUGCCUCCGGGCUCACACUCGUAGGCACGGAGUGCCGUUCCGUGGUGGGUGGAAUCACCAAAAAUGCCCUCCGUCCACCACCACCUCCUCCUCCUGACGCUCGCCGCCUUGGCCGUGGCGGCAGCCACCGCUAGCGCCGGCGGGGACCCGCCGGCAAUCGAGGCGCAGUUCGACGCCUGGUGCGCGGAGCACGGGAAGGCCUACGCCACGCCCGAGGAGCGCGCCGCGCGGCUGGCCGUGUUCGCGGACAACGCCGCCUUCGUCGCCGCGCACAACGCCCGUGCAGGCGCCAACGCCGCUGGCGGCGGCGGCGGCGGCGCCGCGCCCCCGUCCUACACGCUCGCGCUCAACGCCUUCGCGGACCUCACGCACGAGGAGUUCCGCGCCGCGCGCCUCGGCCGCAUCGCGCCGGGGGCGGCGCUCCGGAGCCGCGCCGCGCCCGUGUACUGGGGCCUCGGCGGCGGUGCCGCGGUGCCUGAUGCGCUGGACUGGAGGAAGAGCGGGGCCGUCACCAAGGUCAAGGACCAAGGCAGCUGCGGAGCUUGUUGGAGUUUUUCCGCAACAGGUGCUAUGGAAGGAAUAAACAAAAUAAAGACAGGCUCUCUGGUCAGUCUUUCUGAACAGGAACUAAUUGACUGUGACAGAUCUUAUAAUAGUGGCUGUGGUGGUGGCCUCAUGGAUUAUGCUUAUAAGUUUGUGAUAAAAAAUGGUGGAAUUGACACAGAGGAGGACUACCCCUAUCGUGAAGCAGAUGGGACAUGUAACAAGAACAAGCUGAAAAAGCGAGUUGUGACUAUUGAUGGUUACACUGAUGUACCUUCCAACAAAGAAGAUUUGUUACUUCAGGCUGUUGCCCAGCAACCUGUUAGUGUAGGAAUAUGUGGUAGCGCUAGAGCAUUUCAGUUAUACUACCAGGGUAUCUUUGAUGGUCCAUGUCCGACAUCUCUUGAUCAUGCUGUGUUAAUCGUUGGCUAUGGUUCUGAAGGUGGCAAGGAUUACUGGAUUGUGAAAAACUCUUGGGGUGAAAGUUGGGGAAUGAAGGGCUAUAUGCAUAUGCAUCGAAACACUGGUGAUUCCAAGGGUGUCUGCGGUAUAAACAUGAUGGCAUCAUUUCCUACCAAAACAAGCCCGAAUCCUCCUCCUUCACCAGGCCCAGGUCCUACCAAAUGCAGUCUGCUCACAUACUGUCCUGAGGGAUCCACCUGUUGUUGCUCAUGGCGUGUCUUGGGCUUUUGCCUUUCCUGGAGCUGUUGCGAACUGGACAAUGCAGUUUGCUGCAAGGAUAACCGGUACUGCUGCCCUCAUGACUAUCCUGUUUGUGAUACAGGUCGCGGGCAGUGUCUCAAGGCCAGCGGCAACUUCUCUGCUAUAGAAGGAAUCAGGAGGAAACAGUCUUUCUCUAAAGCUCCCUCGUGGACUGGCUGGCUGGAGUUGAUGGACCAAUGAGCGUAUAAUCAGACAUGGAUAGUAGCUUCAUGCAAGUUGUGCGAUCCGUAGGUCGGUCAUUGGCCUUGUUCCAGUGCCCUGCCACAUUCCUGUACGCCUACUGCCCGCUGCGUUGCACCGAGAUGCCCUUAUUUUCUCUUUAUUAUUGAACCCUAUGGUGUAAAGUUUCACGAUUGUACAUGUAUGUCACACUUGUAUUGGCCUAUGCAUUAGACGUCUCCAUUAGUUUACCUAUAUGAUCAUCU